UGGAAUUCUUACUUUUUAUUAAGCACUAUUAACAAGUGGGUUUGUGCCAGAAUGGAAUUAAAAAACUCUGUAAAGGAAGGCGACUAUGUCAUUUUAGCGAAUGCGGUCGGUAAAAAAAUAGUUCAUGUCUUACCCGGGGCUAACACGCGUUACUCCAAGAAAAAAGUUAAGCUGGACUGUUUAGUAGGAGCGAACUUUGGAAGUGUGUUUAUAAAUAAAAAUAAUGUAUUAAUACCCUUAACUCAUAAAAUAGAAGAUUUCCUUGGAGUUGAAAAGAUUCUUUCGGGAAACGAUAAUAGACAUCUCAUAGAUGACAGUAGGAUUCAAACCUUAACACAGGAAGAUAUUGAAGAGUUUAAGAAGGAUCACACCACCUCUGAGUUGAUCAAUAAACUUGCAGAAAGUAGCACAUCUUUUCCUCAAAAGACCAGCUUCUCUCAAGCAAAAUAUUUUAAGAGAAAACAAGAGAAAUUUUUACGGGCAAUCACUAUUCAUCCAGUAACUUUACGAUCUCUUUGUGAAGUUUACGCACUGAAAGCUCCUAAUAAAAUAUUAAGUCUCAGAGCUGACAUGCUUGGCCAAAUUUUGUCACACUCUAAUGUUCGGGCUGGUUCUCGUUGUAUAGUUGUAGAGACGACGCUGGGAUUGUUAACUGGAGCAGUUUUACAGCGGCUCGCCGGGCACGGCCUUCUUGUUCAGCUGCACACGGGAGACCAGGGGCAACUGCACCUUGCGCAUCUCUUGAAUUUACCUGCAAACCACUUUCGAGUUUUGAGACAGUUUCCACUGCACAAGCUAACAUUGUCUAAAGAGGAAGCAACAAUAACUGUAGAGGACAUUGAAGGGGACAUGAGAAAACGUCUUCCUGUCACAUCGGACCAGCGUGAGAAAUACGAAGAGCGUCAUCGCAAGCGAGUUAGCACGCGACUUUCCAUCUCUCAAGCUGCUCGUGAUCUUCAGGCAGACUUGUUUGACUCACUGAUUAUCGCCACAAAGUUUGCACCAUCUACAAUUCUAUACGAAACUUUAAAAUUGCUGGCACCCUCCAGGCCUUUUGUUGUUUAUUGCACAUCGAUGUCGCCUCUCCUUCCUUUAUGUAACGAGCUUAGAAACAAUCCAGAUUACAUUCGUGUGGAGUUAAUCGAGAUCUGGACGCGAGACUAUCAGGUACUACCGCAGCGGACACAUCCAAACAUAAACAUGACAGGAACAAGUGGCUGCAUUCUUACAGGAAUAAAAAUUAAUAAUUCGGAUCUGGAUGGAACCAAAGAAUUUCAGAAACAAAAUUUAAUGUUUACUUCAUCUAAAUUAUUAAAUAUGAACGAUAGGACUCAAGAUUAUCUUCAAAAAUUAGAACAGUUUCCUAAAGUAAGAACGUCAGACUAUCAAAAAAUUGCAAAACAAACAAUAUCACACAAACAACUAGAAUCGUUUUAUCCAACAACUUGCGAAGAAUUUAAAAAGUUAGAAGAAGAAGAUAACAGUGAUUAUUGCAACUCGGGGAUUAUCAAUAUUAUUGUUAAAGAACUAAAAGGCCAUGAGUUUAAAUUUUUAUUGAAAGAAUUAGAUACUAUUUACUUGAUAAAGCGAAACAUUUCCAAGCAAAGUGGGUAUUCAGUAGAGCAACAACGGUUACUUUUCAAGGGAAAACCUUUGAAAGAUGAGUCUACAUUGCGUGAGGCCUCUUUGGUUAAUAACUCUAAAAUAAACCUGAUAAUAAAAGCUACGAAAUCACAUGAAAAAGAACAUCUUCCAGGAGAAAGAUCUCCGUUUCAAGAGUUUGGACACCAAGUAGAGCACACCUUUGACAGAAAACUUAACAUUCUUACUACUACCCAUUUCUGGGAGAAGUUAAAAACUGCCUUAAAAAUGGUCGGGAUGACUGAUGUUGAGGCCGAAAAGCACUAUGACGUCUGGGAGAGCCGCUGUGCUUUUUUUAAUUUUAUACAUGAAAAUAUAUAGAACAACAAGAAAAGAUCUGCUACUAAGGCAAAAGUAAAUUCUAAAGGGCAAGACAUUCUUUUCUCUUUCAUGAGCGUUGAUAUAACCUUUUUUUUUAGAACAAAAGUAUAAUUGUAGUUGAAAGAUGAGUUGCUGAACAGCCCUUUUAGUAUGACAUAUCGAAGAGAGCCAACAUACUUAGGGAUUGGCAAUUUUAAGUACUGUCGUCUUCUUUAUGGCAUUGAAGCCACUGCUAGAAUAACAAACUCUUUAAAAACGAAAAAGGUUGAGUGAUUCAUUUAGAUUAUUUUUAUAAUACUAUUUUCCAGAUAACUACUUAAAAAUAUACUCACACUUGGAGGCUGUACCGAGAUGAAUCAAGUGGAAAUAACUUGUAGGCAACUGAAUAUCGUCCAGUAGUAACUUGUCUUCAACAGAACAAAAGCAUAACCGAAAUUACACGCGUAUUAAUAAGCUGUUAUAGUUAAACCUGGUCUACCGUAGCUAUCAGAAGUUCCAACCAUGCAACUCCUUCCUAUCCGCUUUUCUUGAACUAGGCCUUUUGGAAGGUCACUGCUGCUUGUGUAGUCUCUUUAUGUUCUCCAAUUAUUUUUCCGUUCUAU